AUGAAGUUCAAUCUGAUCCUUGUUGCCGCCAUCACUCUGGCCGUCUCUGCUGUUGCCCAUGCCGCGCCGGCCAACUCCGCCGUAAUCACGAGCACAAGCGUAAGCAUUCGAACUAAAAGCACCUCUGCCAAGUCAACGUCUACUUCCACGAAGCCAACGUCUACCUCCACCAAGCUUUCGACCACAUGCGACACCAAGACAACUACGACUACCACAACUGCAAAGAAGCCUACCAAGACUCCCUGCACCACCACCACCACCACCACCACCACCACCAAGAAGCCAACCACUAUGACUACUACCAAUGCCACGCCUCCUGUCACUACGCCCACGCUCCCGACGGUCGAACCCAUAACGACGACUACGACGGUCUCUAGUCCUUCUGUGAUUACGAAUCCUGUUGUCCCGGAUGUCAAGCAGCCUGGUUCUGCGGCUGGGGCUUUGGUUGUUGAUACCGUUGUUACUAUUGCAGGUCUUGCUAUUGCCCUUGCCCUUAUCCUCUAA